CGUAGUAAGCGAACGAGUACCAGUACGAGCACUUUUCACGGGACGAAAAGAAGAAAAGAAUGUUUGUCGUUCAUUACUGCAUUCGGAGUGAGUGAGUCGUGCCUUCCUUUUUGUCCCACGAAACCGUCACUUUUCUACCGGAAUAGCUCGUUCGUACUUUAAUUUACAAUAACCUUUCCGUACGACCGUACUGGUACGAGUACCCGAUACAGCAAUUAAUUUUGUUGGUUUCACUGAUAAUUUUUUAGAGUACGGUACUUUACGUAGUUCUCUUACUCGUACUCGCUCUCGUAAUCGUGGUCGGUCACAUCGUUCACAAUUCGUCUUCGGAAAUAGAGGAACAUAGCACCGCUAGCAAGAUGUUUUCCUGGUCCAACAAUAAUAGCACAUCUACAUCCAAGGUCGGUUCGACCUAUCCAGGACGAAGACUACAGCAAAACCGAGCUUCUGCUUCUGCAGCAACCCCCAUUCAAGGCUCAAUACGACCCCCAACGCACACUCGUGCGCAACAUUUGAAGAGUUACCUCGAGGACCCGACUCUCCAACGGUCGACGCGGCGCGUAUCUUCUGGUACGGAUUCAACGCGUUGGAUGAUUUAUUCGACUAAAUUUGAAAACGACAGUUUUUAUUGCAACCAAAAAAAACAUCAUCAUGAUAUGUAUCGCUGUUUCUGACAGAAACUACUUUUUUGUCUCGUUCUGUUGUUCAUUUUGAUUUUAUACCUAUCGAAGACGAUACUACAUUUGACACAGUCUUUCAGACGACGAAGGGCGAUACACUGAUAUUGCGAGUGAAUAUUCCUUUGGGCAGCAGCUUCGCUGCAUUUUGCCCCACGAUGACAUUGGCUGGAGUAAAAGUUCGCCAUCCCUGGGUUUCCGAGUCAUCGUCGAUGAUGAGAGUAACAGGUUACCCACCUAUUCAAUCCGAACAAGCCUGGAAGAAUUCGAACAUGCUAUUGGGAGCGGCGGUUCACGAGGUUGUGAAAAAUUUCCAAUUAAAUGCUCCGCAAGUGUUGGAUAUCACAGAUAAUGGAUUGCGCUCGAUUCAGACGAAAAAGACGGCAGGAACGAGAACACCGACGCAGACCCCACCACGCAGCAACAAUGGGAUGUACAACAGCACCAGCAGCACAAGAAGUUCUCACGACGAUGCCCCUCCCAGUUACAAUGUGGUGGCGGAAGCAGAAUCCACCCCGGCACCAGAAAUUCCCAUGCCACCAAUACCAUCAACAUACGACGAAGUCGACAAUGCAUCACGCGAAGAAUUGGACGAAAUAUUACAGGACGACCUCGAAUUCAAAGCCUUUGUUCAUAGACUAAAGAUUUCUGACGAAAUAUUUACCAUAGGGUCCAGUCGGCUCGACGAAAAUGUUCUGUUGGCAAACGAAAAUUUGGAGCAAGAGGCCAAGUUGAAAACCCUACAGAGCGAAGUGAACGAACUUCACAGCACGCUGAAAUCAAAAUUAGAUGCCUUUUCGAAACUAGAAAAGGAACAGGACGUAAUCUGUGCUCCCCCCGAUUUGAAAUCAACCAUCAAAAAACUUCAGAAGGCAAAGAAGGAAGCCUUUGAAGAAUCUGAAGAAUUGGCCGAAGAAUGGGUUGACGACGGCGUGGGUACCGUGGACGAUUUUUGCAAGCGAUUUUUAGAACAGCGGAAGGUCCAUCAUAUGCGUGCUGCCAAAAUGGAAAUUUUGAAUAAUCAAGAACGAUGACAAUAGGAAAUUGUUACCAGGGACAUCUUUGGAGGGUGUAUUGCUAUUGCAUAUCGCGUUGUAUUGUGGAAGUGCAUCAUGUUUUGCAUAGUGAAGUAUCUUCUUUCGGAGUCAUUCAAAGCAACAUGGAGCGCAGCUUAGAGAGGGUUUUAUAAUCACUUUUUGUCAUUUCUGAAACCGGUGUUGCAUCGGCGGAUGUUCGUGGCAUCACCUGCGUUUCGAACAUAGGACAACAUCAGAAUGCGUUCCAUGAUGUGAUGCAGUUAGGUACCCAUAAACGAAGUCAUCAUAUCCCUAUGUUGAUGAUGUAUUUGAAAGGUGCAUUUACUUUUCCCUUGGAUAGUCAAAUAUUGUCAAAGAAUCAAGAUUUCUCACCUAUCCAUCCUCACCUCGAUCUGGAGGAGAAAGAACCCUUUCGACUCAGUAAGAUAGUCUUGUGAAAUACUUUAGAAAAUUUCUCAAAGGAUAAAAAAAUUCGAGUAACCGGGAUUUCAGUGGAGUAAAAAUUGGGGAAAUGUGUUACCAUUGAGCCCUAACUUUGAUAGUUUGAAGCUCCUAGAGAAGCUAAUUCCCCUGACCUCAACAACAACUAGUAUGCAUUUAGUCUGAGGACUGGAAUUGUUUUAAUGACACCUUUUCUUCGUGGCUAUCUUGUUCAUUUGGUUGGUUGGCUUCCUAGCAUCAGUAAUAUUUGACUAUUUCAGGUGUUAAUGGACUGCUAGCUCCUUUCUGUUGAACAAAAUUGUAACAACACAAGCACAGGGCCAGCCUCAACACUCUAUUUAAACCAGAGCAGCAGUUCCCAAUAGCAGGGUAGCUUCCAAGGGGCAAUUUCCACCCAGCUGUUGUAGUCAAUAAAUUGUUUCCAUAGGUUUGUUAUUAGAAGGAAGACACGAGAAAUCAAUCGAAAGCUGGAUU